AUGGUCGGCGGUGAGCCAGUGUGUAUGGACCCAACUUAUUUUGGUAGUCAGCAGGGAAUGAAUGGACAGCCUAUACCAACUACCCAUGGUGCUCAGCGUUAUUAUCAACCGAGUGGUGGUAUUACAGGAAUGAUGAAUGGUCACGAUAAUUUACCUACAAUGAUUGCAAGGCCUACAUUUGAACCGGAACACUGGCGCAUAGCUGGAGCUGAUUGUACUGCAGGUCUAGGAAUAGAUCCUGGAGGCUUAGAUGUUGCAUCUACGCGUGGUGCUGGUUGGCAAGGAUGUAGAGCUAAUAAAGGUGUGAAAGCUCCAGGUGCAUACUACUAUGAAGCCGCUUGUGUAGAAGAUGGACUUAUACGCGUAGGUUGGUCAACUAAUGAUGCCAACUUGGAACUUGGUACUGACAACUAUGGUUUUGGCUUUGGAUCAGAUGCCUUGGGUGCAGCUGGAAUGAAUGGGACUGGUCGUGUAAUGCAUCGAAAUACUGGUCAUGAUUACGGAGUUAUGGUUCAUGAAGGCGAUGUCAUCGGUUGUUUACUAGAUUUAGAUAAAGGAUCUGUGUCAUGGUCAUGUAACGGCAAAGGUGAAGCUUUUCUACCAGCUGCUAGCCUAAAAGAUUCACGUAUCAUAUUCAACUUUGGUGAAGACCAACCAUUGGAGUAUCCCCCUGGCGGUCCAUAUGUUCCUGUCGCUCGGUCUGCAGAUGAUAAUCAAGUUCCUAAUAGAAACCCUGGAUGGCGUAUGAAUCAGUAUGAUGCGACCAAUGCCUUAGAUGUAGCACCGGAUGGAAGCCUAGUGCAGUCUCAUUUUCAUCAAGGUUGGCAAGGUUGUCGUUCUAAUCAUGGUAUUCGUGGACUUGGGAGGUUCUACUUUGAAGUUACACCUAUUGAAUCAAUUGGUCUGUGGCGUUUCGGUUGGUCAACAGACGAAGGCAAUUUAAUUAUUGGCACAGAUAGUCAUGGUUUCGGUUAUGGUGCUGAUAACGAAGGUUUUGGUCUGAAUGGACAACAGGGAAAACGCAUCCAUGGUGACGAAAUUGAAAACUAUGGUGAAGCAUUCACCAAAGACGAUGUAAUCGGUUGCUUUUUGGAUACUAUUGAACAUACAAUUAAAUGGUCGAAAAUGGUUUAG